CCGGCGUGCAGCGCGCCCGCGCAUCCCCCGCCCGCUAAUGUUUUGGCCGCUUCAAGAUGGCGGUGCAGGAGUCGGCGGCUCAGUUGUCCAUGACCCUGAAGGUCCAGGAGUACCCGACCCUCAAGGUGCCCUACGAGACACUGAACAAACGCUUUCGCGCCGCUCAGAAGAACAUUGACCGGGAGACCAGCCACGUCACUAUGGUGGUGGCCGAGCUGGAGAAGACGCUCAGUGGCUGCCCUGCCGUGGACUCUGUGGUCAGCUUGCUGGAUGGUGUGGUAGAGAAGCUCAGCGUCCUUAAGAGGAAGGCGGUGGAGUCCAUCCAGGCCGAAGAUGAGAGUGCCAAGCUGUGCAAGCGCCGGAUCGAGCACCUCAAAGAGCACAGCAGCGACCAGCCCGCGGCGGCCAGCGUGUGGAAGAGGAAGCGCAUGGACCGCAUGAUGGUGGAGCACCUGCUGCGCUGCGGCUACUACAACACGGCUGUCAAGCUGGCGCGCCAGAGCGGCAUUGAGGACCUCGUGAAUAUCGAGAUGUUCCUGACGGCCAAAGAGGUGGAGGAGUCCCUGGAGCGACGUGAGACGGCCACAUGCCUGGCCUGGUGCCAUGACAACAAGUCCCGGCUCCGGAAGAUGAAGAGCUGCCUGGAGUUCAGCCUCAGAAUCCAGGAGUUCAUUGAACUCAUCCGGCAGAAUAAGAGACUGGACGCCGUGAGACAUGCAAGAAAGCACUUCAGCCAAGCAGAAGGGAGCCAGCUGGACGAGGUGCGCCAGGCCAUGGGCAUGCUGGCCUUCCCCCCUGACACGCACAUCUCCCCAUACAAGGACCUCCUGGACCCCGCACGGUGGCGGAUGCUGAUCCAGCAGUUCCGGUAUGACAACUACCGACUACACCAGCUGGGAAACAACUCCGUGUUCACCCUCACCCUGCAGGCCGGCCUCUCCGCCAUCAAGACACCACAGUGCUACAAGGAGGACGGCAGCUCCAAGAGCCCUGAUUGCCCCGUGUGCAGCCGCUCCCUCAACAAGCUGGCUCAGCCCCUGCCCAUGGCCCACUGUGCCAACUCCCGCCUGGUCUGCAAGAUCUCCGGCGAUUUGCUUCUUUUAAUACAUUCCGGUUUUGUUUUUCAGUCUCUGCUUUCUAUCCGUCAAGAUGAUAAAGUCGUUUGCCCGAGAACCAAAGAAGUCUUUCACUUCUCACAAGCCGAGAAGGUGUACAUCAUGUAGGCCCCGCGUCGCCAAGCGCAUGCCUCAGGUCGGCUGCAGCGGGCGGGGAGGCCGCGCCUUCCUCCUGCCCCGCGUCCAGUCGGCCACGGCGCUUCUGUUUCUUGCGACCAAAGAUCAGUGAGCAGCGAUAAAUACUCUUUAGGAAGAGAGGAAAUAAGAUUUAAUAAAUUUGUACUUGAAAACAACAUUUUGAUUGGUAGGAUUUUGUAACAUGUCAACCAUUUGAUGCUUCUGAAAAGUACUUUCAACUUUCGAAGGAAACUUUUCUUUAAAGACUGACCUAAACCCCGAGGGAAACUUUAGAACGUAUCAAAAAUAGGGGUCCAUGGUUUCCCCGUGUUUUUGGUUUCUUCCCUUUUGCGAACGGUGAGACUUGGAGAACGGGCUGGUCCCUCGCCACCUCCCAGCGCCCCUGGCCCGGCCUGGGAAAGGUGGUGGUGACGCUGGACUGAGCUGCAGUGACCCGCAAUGCCGCGCCAUGAGGGACACAUGGCUUCCUUGGAGAGCUGCUGCUGUGGGGGGCUGGCUCUGAGGACGCCUGCCUGCCUUCGGGCGUGUCCGUGGGACUGUCUGCGUCUGUGCGUAGGGUCCAUAUCACAUCCCCGUGUUCCGCCUUACUUCCUGCUUCGAGAAUGUAUAACGUGGAAAUCCACGGGACCAAGUUUCUGCAGAGGCCUUGCCGGAUGGUUCCAUAACUGUAGAGUCAAAUUAAUCGUUCAGUUGAGUACUGGUGACGUUUCAAAGCAAAUGAACCACCGUAGUUUACACAGAACCAUAUCGUAGAAGUUUGUAGUUAGCGCUUAUUUUUGCAUGUUGAUGUUGACUAGCUAAUAAACUGUAAAUGUAAACCAUGGAAUAAAGUGGUUUUCUAUUUCUCA